AUGAGCAAGGAAGAUAUUAUUGUGUUGAAGCACAUUCUUGUGCUUCUUCCUGGACGCAAACAGCACGUGGGACAUCUUCUUGUUGUAGCUCGUGACCCAACGUAUGAAACGAGUAUGAAAACCAAAACAAUGUUUCGACGAGGAGGUGAUGAAGUGCCGCCGAAAAAUGAAGUAGCACAAGCGCGAGUUUCAGCAAGGCCCACAGAUGAACACUUGGUUGUAUCACCAGGCAGCAUGAAGACGUGGAAUUUCUGCAGAAGAGUCAAUCCACGUCUAAACCCCCUGCGCGUCGCCUACGGACACAAGAGCAACACUCUCAUGGGGAUGGGGCUGAUCAUGAGCAUAUUAUUGAAGAUGAAGAUCACGAAAUGCAGAACGACGUCGUGGCAAAAAAUGUAAAUGUUGUAACGGACCCCCACUUAGAACACGACGACACGCGGCACAUCGAGGACACCUACGAACCAUGGAAACUU